AUGGAGAAGGAGAGCAAUAAUCAGUUGCCUUUCCUCGACGUUCUUGUGACGAAAAAGGAAGACGGGACGCUCGGCCACCAAGUGUACCGCAAGCCCACACACACAGACCGUUACCUUCAUAAGAACUCAAACCACCACCCGAGACAAAAAAUGGCUGUCAUCAAUACCCUUAUGCACCGAGCAGAAAGAAUCUGCGAAACGACACAUUUGAAGGAGGAAAUGAAACACCUUGAGCUAGCAUUUCAAGCCAAUGGAUUCACUGUAGGAGAAAUUAGAAGAGCCCUUCAUCCCAGGAGGUCCCUAAAUAACGAACAGAAGUCUACCCCAUCUGAACCAUUAGGGAAAGUGUUCUUACCCUACCUACACAAAGUUACUGACCGAUUUGGAAAACUCCUUGAAAAACACAACAUCAAGACCAUUUUCAAGCCCACCACUCAAGUUAGGAAUUGUUAUCGCCCGCUGAAGGACCCCCGUGACCCUUUCUCCACAUCUGGAGUUUACAAAAUUCCGUGCUCCUGUGGAUCAGUUUAUGUCGGAACUACGAAGCGCAGCAUCAAGACACGCCUUUCUGAGCAUGUUCGUCAUUGCCGUUUAGGAAACUAUGAUAAGUCAGCCGUAGCCGAACACAGCCAACAAGAAGGAGUCCACAACAUCAAAUUUAAAGACACAGAAAUCUUGGCUGCAACAUCUCAUUAUUUUUCCAAAUUAUGUGUUGGAGGAAUCUUCCGCUAA